AUGGCGCCACCAGGCAAAACACCAGCUGGUGGAGCCCUCCAAGAACCUCCAGGAGAACAUCUGCUCAUGCAGAAAAGAAGCUUUGAUGCAAAGCAGCACAUCAGAUCCCAGCAGGAGACUAAAGUGAGUCAAGUCCAAGAGCUUCAGAAGAAGUGGGAGCAGGAGAUCAGAGAUCUGAAGAGGAAAGACGCUGAGCUGAAGAAGCUGUCAGAUACACCGGAUCACACCCAGUUUGUCCUCAACUACCCCUCAGUAAUCAACAUUCAUCCUCGGAGACGCUUUGAUGAGGUGACAGAAGCUGUGAAAGAGCUCAGAGACCAAAUACAGGACAUUCUGAGGGACAGCAGAACAGACAUCUCAAUGGCAGAGGCUCAACCAGAUGUUCCUCUGUCAGACUCGCAACCAGAACCAACGACCAGAGCUGGAUUCUUACAAUAUGCACGACAAAUCACUCUGGAUCCAAACACAGCGUACAGAUGCAUGUUUUUAUCUGAGGGGAACAGAAAAGUAACAUUAAUGGAAGAUUCUCAGUCUUAUCCUGAUCAUCUGGACAGAUUCACUGAAUGUGAGCAGGUCCUGAGUCAAGAGAGUCUGACUGGACGUUGCUACUGGGAGGUGGAGUGGAGCGGAGGAGGAACUGAGGUCGCAGUCGCAUACAAGAACAUCAGCAGAGAAGGGAGAUCAGAAAAAUGUCAAUUUGGAUUCAACAACAAAUCUUGGGCUUUACGUUGUUACACAGGCGAAUAUAAAUUUUUGCACAACAGAGUGAAAACUCUCCUCUCAGGUCCUCGGUCCUCCAGAAUCGGCAUCUAUCUGGAUCACAGUGCAGGUAUUCUGUCUUUCUACAGCGUCUCUAAAACCAUGACUCUCCUACACAGAGUCCAGACCACAUUCACUGAGCCUCUACUUGCUGGACUUUCUCUUUGGCACUUUGACAACACUGCUAAGUUCAUUAAACUCAAUCGAGUAAUUCCAGUGUCUGAGGGUCGGUCCAUGUUCAGGCCUGAUUUAGAUGCAUGA